UAUAUUGACACUGCUGCUCCUCUCUGUGGCUUUCUUUCUUAUAGGGAGUGUCUCAACUUGAUACCACAUAGUAAGUUUUCAUUUGCAAAGAUAUGGCUUCUAGCAGCCCAGUUUGAAAUACGUCAGCUGAAUCUCAAGGGUGCUCGACAGAUAUUAGGAAAUGCCAUUGGAAAGGCUCCAAAAGACAAGAUUUUCAAGAAGUAUAUAGAGAUAGAACUGCAGCUUGGUAACAUAGAUAGAUGCAGAAAACUAUAUGAAAAGUAUCUGGAGUGGUCGCCUGAAAAUUGCUAUGUUUGGAGCAAGUAUGCAGAAUUGGAGAGAUCUUUAUCUGAGACUGAUCGAGCUAGAGCAAUAUUCGAGCUUGCAAUCGCUCAACCAGCAUUGGAUAUGCCUGAACUAUUGUGGAAGGCAUCUAUUGACUUUGAGACUGCAGAAGGUGAAUUUGAGAGAGCAAGAGCGCUUUAUGAAAGGCUUCUUAAUAGAACAAAGCACUUGAAGGUAUGGAUAAGCUAUGCGGAAUUUGAGGCAACGGCAAUAGAUCAGAACAGUUUAGACUUGACAGAAGAAGAGAAAGAGAGGGAAUGCCUUCAGCGUGCUAGAAGGGUGUUUGAGGAAGCUCUUAACUACUUCAGAUCGUCAGCUCCGGAACUGAAGGAGGAAAGGGCAAUGCUAUUGGAGAAAUGGCUCAACAUGGAGGCUGCUUCUGGGGAGCUUGGUGAUGUUAGCUUAGUCCAGUCUAAGCUGCCGAAGAAGCUCAAAAAGAGAAGACAAGUUACUACUGAAGAUGGUUCUGCCAGAAUUGGGGAAUUCAUCGACUAUUUGUUCCCUGAAGAAACUCAGACGACUAAUCUUAAGAUCUUAGAAGCUGCAUACCAGUGGAAGAAGCAAAAAUUGUCUUCUGGCGAGUGGCGACAACUGAACUAACAAUAUUUUCAUCUUGUCUUGUUUGUAACAUGUAUAUAUAUGUUGGAGUGAUUAGGGAUGGGUUAUUGUUAAAAUCAAAACUGUUGAAUACUUUUACCUAUCAAAAUUUUUAAAAAAGAUA